AUGUUUCUGGCUCAGCAUAUAUUGUACAAUAUACCAAUUUACAAGGUGGUUCCUUUUAUAUUAUCAAACAACCCAUUACUAAAAAUUAGUGUUCAUUAUGUGCCUUUUAAUACAACUAAGAUUAUUGGUCAAGGAUUACCAUUAAAAUACGUGUCAAUUAUACGAAAUCAAUAUCCCCCACAAUUAAAAAAGCAUUUAGUUUUACAAAUUAAUGAAACUUCAUUGUUCAGAAAUCAAAUGUUUUUCUUUAUAAAGCACUUGAUUAUGAAUACUGAAGUAUCAUUAAACUUUAUGUCCGAGUGUGAUUUUAGACUUCCUACAGUGUUUAAAUCUUUAGAGCAAAUGAUUGCAUUGAAUUUUUUUAAAACUAAUUUUAUAUGUGAUUGUUUGAUUACCAACUUUGAUGCUAGAAGCACCAUGCAAGAUUAUAACCGACAAUUUUCAUUUAAUCAAACCAAAUGGAAAAUUUUUCGGGCAUUCAUGAAAAAAAUACAUCCAUAUAACCAUAACUACUACAAACAAUUCGGAUUAAACUAA